CCGGCGAGUUCCAGGCCGCUGAGGUGCGGCGCUAUGGAGGAGCUCGAUGGCGAGCCGAUAGUCACUUUGAUUCCAGGAGUGAAUUCCAAGAAGAAGCAAAUAUGUUUUGACUGGGGUCCAGGGGAGAUGCUGGUGUGUGAAACCUCCUUCAACAAAAAAGUUUCAGGAAAAUCAGAGACAGUGCCAGGCUGUCCCUUCAUCCAUAUCAUCCGGAAAGAUAAAGAUGUUUACUCGCAAAUCUUGAGAAAACUUUUCAAUGAAUCCCAUGGAAUCUUUGUCGGCCUCCAGAGAAUUGAAGAAGAAUUGACUGGAAAAUCCAGAAAAGCACAAUUGGUUCGAGUCAGUAAAAACUACCGAUCAGUCAUAAGAGCAUGCAUGGAAGAAAUGCACCAAGCUGCAAUUGCUGCUAAAGAUCCAGAUAGUAGCCGCCAGUUCAGCAGCCAGGUCUCCAUCUUGUCAGCAAUGGAGCUCAUUUGGAACCUUUGUGAGAUUCUUUUUAUUGAAGUUGCCCCAGCUGGCCCACUCCUCCUCCACCUCCUUGACUGGGUCCGACUGCAUGUGUGCGAGGUAGACAGCAUGUUGGCAGAUGUUCUGGGCAGUGAGAAUCCAAACACACACAAGAACUUCUGGAACUUGGUGACCAUCUUGGUGCUGCAGGGCCGGCUGGACGAGGCCCGACAAAUGCUCUCCAAGGAAGCUGAUGCAAGCCCCGCCUCUGCCAGCAUGUGCCGAAUCCUGGGGGACCUGAUGAGGACAAUGCCCGUUCUCAGCCCUGGUAACACGCAGACCCUAACAGAACUGGAGCUCAAGUGGCAGCACUGGCGCGAGGAAUGUGAGCGGUACCUCCAGGAUGGCACGUUCGCCUCCAGUCUUCACCUGGAGUCUCUCUGCAAGAUCAUGUUGGGCGACGAAACUGCCUUGUUGGAGCAGAAGGAGCUCCUGAAUAACUGGUAUCAUUUCCUAGUGACCCGGCUCCUGUACUCUCAUCCCACAGUAAAACCCAUUGAUCUGCACUUCUAUGCCCAGUCCAGCCUUGACCUUUUUCUGGGAGGUGAGAGCAGCCCAGAACCCCUGGACAACAUCCUGAUGGCAGCCUUCGAGUUUGACAUCCACCAAGUGAUCAAGGAGUGCAGCAUCGCCCUAAGCAACUGGUGGUUUGUGGCCCAUCUCACCGACCUGCUGGAUCACUGCAAACUCCUCCAGUCGCAUAACCUCUACUUUGGCUCCAACAUGAGAGAGUUCCUCCUGCUAGAAUACGCCUCGGGCCUGUUUGCUCAUCACAGCCUGUGGCAGCUGGGGGUGGAUUACUUUGACUACUGCCCUGAGCUGGGCCGAGUUUCCUUGGAACUGCACAUUGAGCGCAUCCCUCUGAGCACCGAGCAGAAAGCCCUCAAGGUGCUGCGGAUUUGUGAGCAGCGACAGAUGACUGAGCAAGUUCGCAGCAUUUGUAAGAUCUUAGCCAUGAAAGCUGUCCGCAACAAUCGCCUGGGCUCUGCCCUCUCUUGGAGCAUUCGAGCCAAAGAUGCUGCCUUUGCCACGCUGGUGUCAGACAGGUUCCUCAGGGAUUAUUGUGAGCGAGGCUGCUUUUCUGAUUUGGAUCUCAUUGACAACUUGGGGCCUGCUAUGAUGCUCAGUGAUCGACUGACGUUCCUGGGAAAGUAUCGCGAAUUCCACCGAUUAUAUGGGGACAAGCGUUUUGUUGAUGCGGCUUCUCUUCUCCUGUCACUGAUGACCUCUCAGAUUGCCCCAAGAUCUUUCUGGAUGACACUCCUAACAGAUGCCCUACCCCUUUUGGAACAGAAACAGGUGAUUUUUUCAGCAGAGCAAACAUAUGAGCUGCUGAGAUGUCUGGAGGACUUGACCUCAGGACGACCAGUGCAUGGAGAACCUGAUGCCCAACAACUCCAGGUCAUUUUAGCUUCCUGGGUUGGUUUCACAAUGGAGAUGAGAAAAGGCUCCCUCUAUCUCUGGUUCCUCCCACCUUCCACAAACAGUGGCCUCUUACAGACUCAUGUGCCUCUUAAAUUACCUCUUAACCUGUAACUGUGACACACCACCUUCUUUUAGGAAAACAGUGGGGUCAUUCUAGUGUUCUGAUCUCUCUCGUUUUUCUUCUGUCAAUCAGUUGCAUUAGUCCUUUGCAUUCAGCUCUUACAUUGAUUGAGAACUUGCUGGAAGCUAUCGCUGAAUGCCAAAUGACCUCUGUCUGCUUUUGGAUUAGUAGAGCCCUUGGGAGCUGUAAAGGAUCAUUUCCUGCCAUUC